AUGGCGGCAAGUGAUGUUGCACCGCACGAUAAGAAGGCACUUUGUCUUUUUCUUUGUAUUUGGACAGUCUAUUAUUCCAGGUUUCAAGCAGUGGGUUAUUCCUUUGUCCCUUGCGCAAAUUUUUCAUCGUCAACAUUUACAUGGACCUCGUGCUGGUCCACUAUGUAUAUUGAUUUGGUGUAUUGCAAUGACAAUAUUAAGGUGGCAAUCGUCAUGUCAAGCAAAACAAUGAAGAGGCUAGUAUCGAAUAUCUCACAUUCUUGGUGGUUCGGUAGCCUCGAUACCACCGAAUACAAGACUAGUCAUCUGGUGUUGGAGCUGCAACAACGGAUGGUAAGAUUGAGGCUUGAACUUGAGAGAAACAAAUCUUCUGACGGAGUAACUAAUGAUGCUUCUUGGUUAGCGAGCACGGGGAAGAAGGGGUUGGAAGCAGAGGCGUGGGUCAGAGACGAAAAGCUUCGUAUUUCAGAAGAGGAGGAGGUUGCUUGGCUAAAGCAUGAACUGGAUAGAACCAAAUCUUAUUUGAAAGUAAUCGAAGCCCAGGCAACUGAGCUGAAAGUUGAGAACCGAAUGCUGGAAAUGGAUGCAUGUAAACGUGGUAUAGAGAUUAGGGACUUGAAAUUAGCCAUAUCUGACGCUAACUUAAGAUUUAUUAAUGAAAAUGCUCAGCUACACAAGGUAAUAUUAGCUUUAGAACAGGGACAUGUAGAUCUAGAGACGACACUGAAGACUUCAGAGAUGAGGGUACAUAAAUUAGUGGAAGAGUACAAGAAGCUCGAAGGCGAAUAUAUUGAGUUUCGAGUGCUGCAGAGGAACCGUGCAGAAGAGAUGGAUAAAUAUCUGAUAGCGAAGAUUGUAGAGAGAGGGAAUUGGGUGGAUGAGAAUCUCCUUGAAAAGGCAAAUUUUGAUGCGAUGAGAGUGGAGAUAAAUGAACUGAAUGCUAAGGUUAGUUCGUCGGCGACUGAUUUGGAGACUAGAGAUGAAAAGAUAUGUCAGAUGGAAGAGCAUUUGGAUAGGUUGCAUAUGGAACAUGUAGAGUUGAUAUCAAGAUGUGAGGCAGCUACAAAAUAUGCUGCGGAACUAAAGAAGAAACUGAGUCAAAUGGAGAGGCAAGUGGAAUGGCAGAGAGGGAUGAUAAUUGAAGGUGAGGAAAAGAAGAGAGAGGCAAUAAGGCAAUUGUCUUUCUCUUUGGAGCAUUUCAAGAAUCGUUACUACGAAUUCAGGGAAGCAUUUAUUCUUCUUAAGAGGAAGUCACCAUUAUUAGACAUAGCUUACUAUUACAGGAAGUAG